AUGGCAGCCUCUGAUGACUUGGUCGAUUUCGAUAUCAUCGAAGCACAAAAGGAAAACGUCCAAUCACUCCCCGGUGGCCGAUCAGCGAGAGAACUCGCCCGGAUAUUUUCAGCCGGCAGCAAUAGCGACAAGAUCCCCUCCCCAUCACCAAAUGGCACCAGGACCAUCAACGAUGCUAUGCGCCAAGAAUUCGAAAGUGAAUUGCAGUCGAUAGGAGAAUCGGACGAUCCGCUCGAUGUUUAUGACCGUUAUGUCAAAUGGACCCUGAACGCGUAUCCGUCCGCACAAGCGACCGCAGAAUCCGGCCUUCUCCCCUUAUUGGAACGGGCAACGAAGUCAUUCCUUUCAUCAUCACACUACAGAAACGACCCUCGGUAUCUACGAUUAUGGCUUCAUUAUGUUCGACUCUUCUCCGAUGCCCCACGCGAAACCUUUGCAUUCCUUGCGCGUCAUCAAAUCGGUGAAAGUCUGGCUCUUUUCUAUGAGGAAUUUGCCGGGUGGCUAGAGGGUGCUGGUCGGUGGUCACAAGCCGAUGAGGUAUACAGGCUCGGGAUGGACCGUGAGGCGCGACCAGUCGAGAGAUUGGCACGGAAGUACAGCGAGUUUCAAUUCCGAUACGACCAGCGUCCGCAAGAUACCGGGCCCUCGUCGCCUGCUUUGCCGACUGUUCGUCCCGCGCUGGCCGCCAAGAUGAACCCGUUCGCAACAUCAGAUGCCUCUGCUGACUCACAAGCUUCACGGCCCCCGCCUCAGACAAGUGGUGCCGCAAAAACCAAGUCUGGAAAGCCUAAGAUGGCUAUUUUCUCAGACGCUGACUCUGCUGCGCCGGGCCCCGCAACUGGUGGAUCGACAAAGGGAUGGGAAAGCAUUGGGUCGAUUCGGGACCGCAAGAAGGAGAACGAAGUGGAGGCAAAGCCAUGGGCAGGGGAAACAUUGAAGGUUGGGAAGAAAGCAGCGCCAACACAAAAGAUGGCCAUCUUCCGGGACGAGUCAAAUCCAGAUCUUCCUUCCAAAGAACCAAUGCCACCCAAAGAAAUACCCGAACAUCACGUAAGGGAAGCGAUUAACCCGCGGACCGGCCGACGCGAACGUGUAUUUGUCGACCUAGAAUCCGUAUACCCUGACCGCACCAACCCUGCACAUGAGAUGAGCUUUGAAGAGCUCAGGGCUAUCAAGCGUGGUUGGAUGGGCAAGAAUUGGCGGCAGCAAAAAGAGCCCUUACAACAAAUCUCUGGGAACGCAGGCAGUACCGAGUCCCUACUGGGGAAAUCUCAUUCGCCCGAGGAAUUGCCGGAGCAUUUAGGUCGAAAUCUCACCGCAGCUAGUCACGCUCAAUCUCAAUAUCAAGACGAUGGCCAUGGAGGCAAAUCUGGAAGAGCGAGUCGCACCAAGAUCAAAGGGGAAAUAACACAAACACAAACAGUCAAAAUGAAGUUUGACUCCCCUUCCAAUAACAAAAAGGUCCGGCGAAAGAGUACUCGGGAGCCGACAAUGACCAUGCACACUCGUGCAGCGACAGAUGAGAUCUAUAGCAUUUUCAAUCAGCCAUUGAAGGCAGAGACUGAAGAAGAUGAAGAUAGCUUCUCCGGUAGCGAUUACGAAGAUGACGACUGCGCCAGUGCUGGAGAUAGUACAGGGACAGGGCACAUUUCAGCAGCCUCGAGCGACUUUGGAGACGAGGAGACCCAAACGUUCCACAAAUCCUACGAUGACACCGACUAUGCUAACACCACACGAGCUGAGAGCGUCGAUGGCGAUGGCGAUGGCAGUGAUUGGACAGAGUUCAACCCAGAUCGUGAUAUCCCGGAUAUUGAAAAUGCUGAAGUCACUUCACAUUCUGUCGUCGGUGAUGGAGCGGAUGAUAGCUCGACACAAGGAACACCGGAGAGGAAAGGUUUCAUACCAGAAAUGCCCGAGGACUAUGCUCCUCCAUGGGGGACCUACCGUGACCCUGCGAUCAUGGCCCAAAACCGCCUACCCUUUAUGACACCUAUAGUGGAGCGAACGGAAUCCAUUCCUUCUAUGACGGCCGCUCGAAACAGUAUUUACAAUGCGAAAACGCCUUCUAAGCCUCGAUCACCGGCCGGUAACCUUCUGCUUUCCAGUCCACUGGGAACAGACACACCGUACCAAGGAGAUAAUACUGUUGCGUCUACGGCCGAUGUACCAUUCAGUCCCAUGGCCUUCAAGGCCCUCGCACCCAAACUUCGGAGACGGGAACCAAUAAUUAGGGAUGCACAGUGCAAUCCGACCGACAAAGGCAUUCGCAACACGAUCCUCAAUUCCCUGGAAAAGCCACUUGCAACGUACAUGGGUUAUCACGGCCAUGUUGAAGAUAGCAACUAUGCUUCGAUGAUCCAGAAAUUCGUCAAAACUAACACCAGGCGAUCAAAGAGUGGCGGGGGUGAUGCAUUUGACACACCUAUUCUCGAAUUCCCAGGAGCGGAACGAAGCUACAUUAUCAGACGUGAGCUAGGAGCUGGUGCAUAUGCCCCCGUUUAUCUCGCCGAGAGUGUCGACAGUCUUGAAUCCUACGACUCCGACUCCGACGAUAGCACAAGCCCAAAGGGCAAAACUUCCCAACUGAGAAAGUCGAACGCUUAUGAGUCUCCCCGAUUCCCCUUCGAAGCCGUCAAGGUCGAAAACGGACCUUCAAGCGCGUGGGAGUUUUACAUGCUUCGCACAGCGUAUAGCCGCUUACGACAAUCUACGGAUCAUUCUCGUGCCGCCGAUAGCAUUGUUCGCGCACACGAACUGCAUGUCCAUCAACGUGAAAGUUUCCUAGUGGAGGACUAUCGAGGACAAGGCACCAUACUCGACCUCGUCAAUAUCGUCCGCAAUGAGGCCAUCAACCCCAACCAUACUUCUGAAGGCGGUCUCGAGGAGGUCCUAGCAAUGUUCUUCUCUGUCGAGCUGUUCCGCACUGUCGAAGCACUCCACGCCAACGGUGUCCUCCACGGCGACAUCAAAGCCGACAACUGCCUCGUCCGCCUAGACGACCACAAUCACAACGAAUCGCCCUCCAAGGCCCUCUCCCUGCUCGACCUUGGUGCCGAUGAAACCGCUGUUGAUCCCCGCGAAAGUAUUCACUACUCUCCAAGCGGCUCCCAUGGCUGGCAACAAAAGGGCCUAGCUCUGAUCGAUUUCGGCCGCAGCAUCGACAUGCAAGCCUUCUCGCCAGCCGUGCAAUUCAUCGCCGACUGGGAAACCGGUACGCAUGAGUGCAACGAGAUCCGUGAGAUGCGCCCUUGGACCCACCAUAUCGAUCUGUACGGUAUUGCCGGCGUGAUCCAUGUCCUUCUAUUCGGCAAAUACGUCGAAUCAACUGCCAUUGAUGGCAGCGACGGCAACCCAUCAUCCCGCACCUAUCGCAUCCGCGAAUCUCUGAAGCGAUACUGGGACCGUGAACUCUGGGCUGGUGUCUUCGAUCUCUUGCUGAAUCCUGGCGCUGAGCGCUGGCAGCGCAUUGAGCGCGAGAACGUAGUCGAUGCGGGUAUGUCAUCCGCGCCUAUUCUGCCUGUCUUACAUUCCAUGCGGCAUGUUCGUCGCGGCAUGGAGGAGUGGCUCCUUGCCAAUGCUGAGAAGAAGGGUCUUGCUCUUCAGAUUCGGAAGAUUGAAGUUCUCCUUGCGGAGCGGAAGAAGAAAUUGGAGAAGUGA